AUGGUUCACUACAAGCUCACCUACUUCUUCUUCAACGGUCUCGGCGAACCCAUUCGCCAAAUCUUCGCCCUGGCUGGCGUCGACUUCGAGGAUCACCGUGUACAGCGUGAGGAGUGGCCAGCUCUUAAGGAGAGCACCCCAUUCGGAAAAAUGCCCGUCCUGGAAGUGGACGGGAAGAAGCUGCCUCAGUCCAAGGCCAUCGCUCGGUACCUUGGACGAAAGUUUGGCUUCGCCGGCAACGGAGAAUGGGAACAAGCCCAAGUCGAUGCUUGGGCCGACCAGAUCAACGACUACAUGACUUCGGUCGACCCGUUCUUCCGCUACAAGGCAGGAUUCGCCGAGGGAGAUGCCGACGCCGAAUUUAACGAUGUUGUCGUCAAGGCCAGGGACACAUUCUUCCCACUAGUUGUGAAACAGUUGAAGGAGGCCGGCAGCGGAUACUUGGUUGGAAACAAAGUGUCAUGGGCUGACCUGUUCUUGAACUAUCAUGUUGAGACGUUCCUCGGUUUCAGGCCUGAUUAUAUCGACAAGUACCCUGAGAUUGCCGCCCACCUGAAGAAGGUGCGCGACAUUCCCGAGCUGAAGAAAUGGGUCUCGCAGCGGCCAUCGGCACCCUUC